AUGGAAGGUCCAAGUAUUCCUCCUCGAAAACGUUCUCUCCCCAUUCUCUUCCCCUUCGUUCCUCUCUCCGACUCCCCCAAAAAAGAUGUCCUCAUACUCGAAUCCCGUCACCGCCUCCUCCGCCGCCGGCGCCGCCACCAGCUGUCAUCCUGCGAGGCCCACACGGUCAACACCCGCCUCACCUCUCCUCCGUCUCUCCCCCGCGUACGCCCGAUCCGGUACCCGGCCGUCAAGCCCAACCCAACCUCCUCCAUCAUCCUCUCUCCGGUCCCACAACCCUCUCUGUCCCACCCUCUCCCUCCUCUUUCUCGUGUGCCCCCACCAAGCAGAUCUCGUCCCCGACGACAGUCGCGCGCCUUCCAUUCCUCCGCCGCUGGACGCCACUUCCUCGGCUUCGUCGGCCUCUCCUCCUCCGUCGCGGCCUCAAGAUCUCGUCUCCUCCCCCUGGGCCCCACCGUCACCUCCCUCCUCUCUCUCCUCGAAACCCUAAUCCCAAUCGCAGACGAAAUCCCUCCUCUUCCUCAUUCUGCUCGCUACGGGAACCCAGCGUUUCGUCUCUGGCACGAAAAGCUCGAAUCCUCGGCCGGUUCUCUACUCCUCCCUCUCCUCCAACAGAAUCAAGAGCUCGUUGACGCCGGCGCCGUUAUCGAGCUUGUGCCCUACCUUCUCGAUUCCUUCGGAAACCCUAGUCGAAUCGAUUAUGGGACUGGUCAUGAGACCAAUUUUGCUGCUUUCCUCUUCUGCCUCGCUCGCCUCGAUCUCAUCAAAGAACAGGACUACCCUGCUAUCGUUCUUCGUGUGUUCGUCAAGUACGUUGAUUUGAUGAGGAAGCUCCAGCUUCAGUAUUGUCUCGAGCCUGCAGGGUCUCAUGGAGUUUGGGGAUUGGAUGACUACCAUUUCUUGCCGUUUAUAUUUGGGUCUGCGCAGUUGAUUGAUCAUAAGUAUAUGAAGCCGAAAUCGAUUCAUAAUGAGGAUGUAUUGGAGAACUUUGAGAAGGAGUACAUGUACUUGGCGGCGGUGGCUUUUGUGAAGAAGGUGAAGAAGGGGGUUUUUGCGGAGCACUCGCCGAUGCUCGAUGAUAUUAGUGGGGUGCCGAAUUGGGCAAAGGUGAAUAGUGGGUUGUUGAAGAUGUAUAAGGCGGAGGUGCUCGAGAAGGUGCCCAUCAUGCAGCAUUUUCUGUUUGGAUCGAUUAUUAAGUGGUGACAUACAAAAAGCAAAACAAUGUUUCCUUUACAAACUUGAACUCUGUGUCUUGGAGAUAAGCAUCAUUUGGAAUGCUUGAGAAAUUUUACCGGUCUUCGCUGACGGUUGCAUAUGGACUAGCCUAGGAUUCCGUAUCAUUAAGUAAUCGACAAGAGAAUAAUGUCAUUAUUUUCAAACCAUUGCGGAGAUUCUCGACUUUAGUUGAAAUUGCUGAAAUGCCAGUAGAAUGGGAGGAAAGCAUAUUAAGCAAGAAGAACAGCCAAAGGGAACGAGUCAAAGAGAUGAGUUUUUCAAUCCUCACGUUUUUUGGUGAGGCAAGUGAGGCCACUUGGAAUAGUGAUUGGUAGAGUUAAAGGAGCUGUCAAUUUUGAGCUUCCUACAAUUUGAAUUUGUGAUAAUGUGUAAUUGUCUGCUUCGAUUAAUGUUUAUCACAGGAGAAAUACUCAAGUGCAAGUUCCAUUAGUCUUGAUUUCUUAUUGAAGUUCUUUGAUGUUGACUUUUUGCUGGUUUGAAUAAUUCCUCAAUGAUGAAAAUUUGAUUUUGGUUCCCUACUA